CCGUCUUUUUCGCCUUCUUCUCCUUUCAAAUCUCGGUGUAUGUCACUCCCCUUCCCCAUCCAGCAUGUGUUGUGACAAUGAUUUCUUGCCGAAACAACGACACAACUAGCGUAGGAAGACAUCAUAGCGUGCAGCACAGCAUUUUCCUCACGAAGCACGAGUAUCGUUUACGUUGUCAUUCGAAUUCGUGUGAUCUCGGUUGUCUUCGACGCGAACACGUGAUGAUAGAACCCUGUGUUCGUAGUCAUUGGUCGGAAUUGCAGCAUUGGUUAUCUUCUCUAUUUAAGAUCUAUUCGUUGAUGCGCUAUUAACUAAAGUCGAGCUUGAGAUUUGCAUAAGAAAUGAACAACGAGCCAGAGUGAGGUUAGCAUAAGAAAUGAGCAACGAUCCGGGAUGAGGUUAGCAUAAGAAAUGAACAACGAGCCAGGGUGAGGUUUGCAUAAGAAAUCUACAACGAGCCAGAGUGAGGUUAGCAUAAGAAAUUAACAACGAUCCGGGAUGAGGUUUGCAUAAGAAAUUAAAAACGAUCCAGGGUGAGGUUAGCAUAAGAAAUGAACAACGAGCCAGGAUGAGGUUAGCAUAAGAUAUUAACAAUGCGCCAAGAUGAGUUUCGCAUAAGAAAUGAGCAACGAUCCGGGAUGAGGUUAGCAUAAGAAAUGAACAACGGGACAGGAUCAGGUUAGCAUACGGUAAGAACUGAGCAACGAUCCGGGAUGAGGUUAGCAUAAGAAAUGAACAGCAAUGAGUUUCGCAUAAGAAAUGAACAACGAUCCGGGAUGCGGUUAGCUUAAGAAAUGAACAACGAGCCAGAAAAAGUGUUAAAUGUGUCAACAAUAAAAAUAUAAUGAAACACUUAUUCCAUCUAAUCUAUCCAUUAUUUAAGUGUCAUGACUUGGCAAUCGUGUCAGUCGAAAAUUUCCGAACCUACUUCUCCUUCUWAUUACUGAUGUAAGGCACAGUAUGGUACGUACUGUACGGUACGGCAACGAGCGGUGCCUGAAGGAUUACCGUGAAAUGCUCUUCAGAGUUUGAUCAUUACUGUAGUUCUCAACUCACACUUGUAAUCUCUCUCCAGAUCUCCAUGCAGCUUCCAUUGUAACCUUCAUUUACUAUUGCCGCAAAAACGAUACCGUGUUCAUUAACAUUCUAGUUCAAGUGCUCUCUUUUCUCUUGACGCGAGAGCGUGAUGCUUCAGUUUUAUAUAACGCUCUAUGAACCCCCUGAUGGUCGGGUUAUCUGCUCUGUUUAUGAAUCGUAGCUUAUUAAUUGAAACUCGUCUAGGAAAAAUGAAUAAGUAGUUCUUCGACAAAUGUAGUUUAUUGAUAUGAUUUUGUAGAAAUCUAAAAACAUACCCAAUUGCCGCCUUCGUCAUUUGUACCUCAACCUUUCCUUUCUUCAAAGUUCCAAAACGUUACUUAUGGCAUAUGUCUGAAAGCGAUGGUAGAAAUUGCAAUGCAUUUUUAUGUGUGGUCUGAACAACAAUCUGCUUCUUACUUAAGAAAAAACAGAUUUAUUACGAAACAGUAUCCAUUCUUCUUUCCUGCGUUCGUGGUAUGUCAUUUCUGAAGAAAAAUGUCAAAUCGUGUCUUUCUCUCAAUCGAGAUUCUUGUUUCCGCGCAACCCCAACCGUACAUUACAGUACUGUACUCUUCAACAAAGUGGAAUUUGGAACCGGUACGGUAGCGCAAUCUCACAAUUUGUCAUUUUCAAGCGAAAAUAUCUCUCGCACCCAUCGCGUUGCCAGAAAACACACAAAACAUUGUUAUUAUUUGUUUCAAAUAUGGAGGACGCGAAUUGCAACCAAGACGACAAGAGGAGACAGAAGCCUUCCUAUGUUUCUUGGUGGGAAGAGAAUCUCAGAGAAACGAUUCGAUUGAAUCGAGAAGGUAUCGAAUGCAUGGAACACCGAAAAUUCGCGGCCGCCGUAAAGCUAUUUGCAAACGCUCUCGAUAGGCACGAUCGGCUCAAAACAGAGGUUCAAUGUAUGAUGUCCCCUGAUGGUGACUCGGGGGAUAUCAUAGUAAGCGCUGCGGAUAAAAAUACCACGGCUGCAGGUGCAGAAAAUUGUGCUGAUGCUGAUACCCCUAAUCGCAAUCACGGUGCCGCAGUGCCCAACAACAAAACCUUCGACAAAUUCUUCUUUCAUAGUGACUUGUUUGUACAACAGGACCACCAGCAAGGGGAUAUCGACCUGGUCUUUUGCGAACCUAUCCGAAUUCCAGCGACGAUCGAGGACGUAGAGGUUUUGAUUUCAGAAACUUGCCGCGGCAGCAAUAAUAGCUCCUCGGCGUGUGAGGCAGCAUCUUCGUCGCCACGGACGUUGUCCGAAUGGGUAUCUACCGCCAAUGACUUGCUCUCUUCCUACCACACCUACAAUUUUGCGAUCUCCCAUCACCUGCGGGGAAUCGAGCUCAUGCGUGAGGACAAGGACAGAAAUAAUCCGGGCGUUUCACCAGAACGGAGUUUGUACAAAAAWUAUCUGGAAACCGCUUAUAGCUGUUACAAAUUAACCAUACGUCUGGAACAAAAACGCCAAAACAAGAAUAUUGGGGGAGAGCGACUUUGUACCAGGGUGGAUCCCCGCGUCGUGUUGGCCUGCUUGAACAAUCUCGCCGAUCUAGAUUACCGUGACAGCCAAAACAGCAGUGUUACUGCGAUCCGUGUAGGAGCCUUCAUGGCUUCUACUGCCCGUUGUCGGAGCUGCUAUCGGCACUUGCAAAUCAUAACAAGACGAAUGUGGGAAGCCCUCGAACAUUUGGAUCACAAGAACCGUAAGAAAUCCAGAUUGUUGGAAGAACACGUUUCGCAAUUGGAAGUCAGUCGCUCUUAUAUUCAAAUAUUUGCAAGAAACGCUCGCCAGGGGUUUUUUCGAUUGUGGAGAAGCACAGUUUCGAAGAGACGAAAUGAUGGGGAUGAGGACAAAGAGCAUCCAAACCUUUAUGUAUUGGAGAGUACCACUGCUGGAGCUGCCUAAAAAGUCUGAWGGUUUAUUGCAACCGAGGGAAUACUAGGAUGAAUCAAUCCAGCAGAAAUUGUGUUAGUAGUACAUGCGAAUCACUGGGGAUCGUCACCUCUUAUAAUUAAACAAUGAAAGAAUUU